UUUUCCAUAACGACGAACAAUAGUCCCUUUCUUCACUCAUCACCUCCAAUCUCACCCAAAUGAACCACACAACAGAUCCACCGCCUCUGCCGCCGCCGCCAUGGAUAAACUGGUCGAACUCUCCGACCACGAGAUCCGCAUCGACUUCGCUCCCGCCACCAAAUGCCGCACAAACCUCCAUCUCAAAUCCCUCCACUCUACUGCCCCCAUAGCCUUCAAGGUCCAGACAUCCUCCCCUCACAAAUUUCUCGUCAAUCCGCCCGGCGGCCUCCUCCCGCCGCUCUCCUCCGCCGCCUUCCAGAUCGUCCUCAAACCCCAGUCCCAGAUCCCCUCCACCUUCCCCCGCUCACCCUCCGACCGGUUCCUUCUCAAAACCGCCGCCGCUCCCGAUCUCGACUUCGACCGGCCGGAGUCCGCCCGGUCCGAGAUCGUCAACCGGUGGUUCAACUCCGAUCCCCACCGCCGUACCCACGACGUCAAGCUGAAGGUCUACUUCGUCGGCCCUUUCCUCCUCGCGCACGCCGCCGCCGCCGGGGAUUUCGAGGCGGUAAAGAGCAUCGUGAAGCGACACCGUUCCGUCGUCUCCGAUCUGCCGGUUCGAGAGGCCGAGUCGCUGUACCGAGCCACGGUUCAGUACCCCGACGUUGUGGGUCUGCUCCUGGAGUCCGGGCUGAGGGUUGAUGUCCGUACGCAGAUAUCCGACGACGUCCGGUGGGCUUCCCGGGGAUGGACGGAGCUUCACGUGGCGGCGGCGUCUGAUCGGACGGAGGAGAUCCGUCGGCUUGUUGAUGAACGGCGAGGAUUGACGGAUAGCAGGGACAAGGAUGGGCGGACGCCGCUGCAUCUGGCCGCCGGUAAAGGGCAUCUGGAGAGUGCUAAGGCGUUGGUGGCGGCGGCGGCGAAUGUGGACGCGAGGAGUAAGGACGGGCGGACGGCGCUGUACAGAGCGGCGGCGAACGGAGACUGUGGGAUGGUGGAGAUGCUUCUGGAGGCCGGGGCGGACCCCACAAUCGGAGAUGUGGAUCAGUGCCGUUCAGCCAUUGAUGUUGCACGUGACAAACGCCACAUAAAUGUUGUGAAGAUACUGGAGCGAGGCGAAGCGGUGUUGGAAGCAGCAAGACGCGGAGAACUCCGGCAGCUGGAAUCGAUGCUGGAAAAGGGCGCAGCGACAAACUUGUCGGAUGAGUAUGGGUGGACAGCUCUACAUGUGGCGGCUAUCAAAGGAAACAAAAAUGUGGUGAUGAGUCUGAUCGAGUUUGGCGCAGACAUGGAAUGCCGGGACAUUGAAGGGCACACUCCUCUGCAUUUGGCGGUCGAGGGGGGGUGCAUUGAGGUUGUGGAGAUUCUCAUCAACCGGGGGGCCGACCUUAAUGCGGGUACGCAGAAAGGGGCGACUCCGCUCUUCAUUUCGAAGCUGAUGGAGCAUGAAGAGAUUGCACACCUGCUGUCGGACAGGGGGGCUUGCCCUCGCCCUCUCCCUGACCUUUAAUUGGUGCUUAACUUUAGUUUUGUGUAUUAUUAUUAUUAUUAUUAUUAUUUGAUUGAGGUAUUGUGUAUACUCAGAGUACUGUUAGUUUAAAUGAAUAUUGUGAGAGCAAGUGUAUCGUGAAAUUGAUUGAAAGAUGAUUUUUUUUUCGAAAA